CCUCGUUCCCACCCGGACACAUUUCCGCGUCGGACAGUAUUACAAUCGGCUUCUGUUAGAUUUUCCAAUUUAACUAUCGUGUAUUUUUCUGUCAGUUGAAGCUCGUAUUGCUGACAUUUCAGUUUUACAAAUGUGAAACGCUAAUGGUCGGUCGGCGGGAAGCCUGUCGCGGCGAAAAUGAGCGAAUUUAACCCGUAAAAGUUGUUUUUGAAGCCGCAGCAGUGGUUUGUAUGAGCCGCUACAUGCUACGUGUACAGUAGCCGCUAGCUAACGGACGGACGGACUGACAGAUAGACAGACAUGGACACGACACCAACCGGCUAAAAGCAUGGGUUUUAACUUUUUAUUUUGACUAUUAACUUUUCGCCAAAUAUUUAACCGCUUUAAACAUGCGCUGUCGGAGGCUUUCAGUUAGCAUGGCGGCUAAUUUAGCUGUAAAAACGAGAAAUUAGCUCCGUUAUGGACGAUCCACGGAGAUUUGUGUGAAAGAGUCGUUUAUUUUUUAUGAGUUUGAGCCUCUGAGUUUUAAAACCAGACGAUUAUCUUGGCAUUAAAGUUCAUAAAGAUGAUGUAUUCAUCGAGGAGAAAGCCUGUCCUCUAUUUUAAAGAGGAUAGAAGGUUUCUGUCUGGUAAAUGCACCGUCUAUAAGCUGUUCGGCCUCUGCAUGGUGCUCGUCCUCAUCUCUCUUAUGUGGCUGCAGCUCAGUUGUUCAGGGGACAUGUCAGCGGCGACGGAGGAAGCCCGUCGCUCAUCUGAGCAGCAGCCGCCGCCACCGUGCCCCGCUGACACUCAGGCGUCUGCGGCCGACGACCCCUCCUGGGGUCCUCACAAACUGGCACUCAUCAUACCCUUCAGAGAGCGCUUCGAGGAGCUCCUGACGUUCGUUCCCUUCAUGCACACGUUCCUCAACAAGAAGAAGAUUCGACACAAGAUCCUGGUGAUCAACCAGGUGGAUCACUACAGGUUCAACCGAGCAUCUCUGAUCAACGUGGGUUUCCUGGAGAGCGGUAACGACACAGACUACCUGGCCAUGCACGACGUGGACCUGCUGCCCCUGAACGAUGCCCUGGACUACGGCUUCCCCGAGGACGGCCCCUUCCACGUGGCAUCGCCAGAGCUGCACCCGCUCUACCACUACAAGACGUACGUGGGCGGGAUCCUGCUGCUCACCAAGAAGCACUACCACAUGUGUAAUGGGAUGUCAAACCGGUUCUGGGGCUGGGGUCGAGAAGACGAUGAGUUCUACAGACGGCUGAGGAAAGCAGAACUACAGCUGUUCAGACCGAGUGGAAUCACCACAGGAUAUAAAACCUUCCUUCACAUCCACGACCCGGCCUGGAGGAAGAGAGACCAGAAGAGAGUGGCUGCCCAGAAACAGGAGCAGUUUAAGGUGGACCCGGAGGGGGGGCUGACCAACCUCCACUACCAGGUGGAGUCUCGUCAUGAACUGAGCAUCAGCGGUGCCCCCUGCACCGUCAUCAACACCAAACUGGAGUGUGACCAGGACCAGACGCCCUGGUGUCUGCUGGGCUAGGGGACCCCCCGCCCCCCCACACCCACCUGGACAUGGGUUUAGAUUUACAGACACUGGUACAAAGUCAACAUGGACCAUUUGACUCAGUGAUGAAACUCCAGCUGGAUCAGACCUGGACUCGGUACCUGCUGGCAUGAUGUGAACAAAUUCAGUUUUUUUGUUUUUUUUUUCUGGGCUUGUGCAAAUGGAGCAGAAGCAGCUGCGACAACAGCUGCCAAAAACCAGUUGUACUGUAACCAACCAACGGGAUGAUUUGAUCUGUUUGGAGGCGAAAACGGCGAACAUGGACGGUUUCAGCUUUUCUGUACUUGUGUUAUUAUCACCACGACCUGCGACAGAAAAAACAGCAGCUGUGGAUUCAGAUGAAACGGUUCAGUUUGGAUCUUUAACCGGAUUUAUUUAGUUUAUCUUCACAGUGGAGAAACAGUCUGAAAAAGAUU